AUGUUCAGCUUCUCCUACCAACCUACCCACAAACCGGGUAGACUGAAGACACAACCAAAACUACAUAUUCACAAAUUUACACCAGUCAUCCCAUGUUACAUCUUUGUGACGCGAUCUAUUAACGAACCAAAGGUGACUAAAGUGGUGUUUGUUUUUUUGAAAAAGUACUUCUGUACCUCUUUUGUCUUCCCCAAGCAGACCACGCGCAUACAUAGAGGUCUGCAGCUUGUUUGUUUUUUAGAAGAGCUUUCAAUAAAAAACAUCUGCCCCAUCUCUUUAUCACGCAGAGCUUGCCCUCAGUCUUCAAACCUCUUCAAAACAUCUCCUUCUCAAAACACACAUCUCUCCAACCAUAACCAAUCUCCUCCACCACUCCAGCUUCUCACCUCUUCUCCUCCACCACCUCUCCUCCACCACUCAAGUUGCCGCCGCCUUCACCUUCCAUCACACCUCCUCCUUCACCGCCGACAACACAUCUCUCCUCCGAUUGCUACCUCGUCGGCCCCUGCUACAAAGGAGCAGAAAAUCAUUCUUAAGGUGGUGGUGAUUUUGUUUUAUAUGCACAUUUGGACGAAUAAUGCAAAUUUGGAUGGGUGACGAUAUUGCUUGACGAUACUGCUUGAUUGAUAUAUGACGUCUUUUGGAUGAUUUCUAGUAGUUAAAACGAACUUUGGAUUCU